AUGAAGUUCUUCGCCUCACUCGUUGCCGUUGGCCUCUUUGCCGGCUUGUCCCUGGCCCAGGACAGUGUGCAGACUGCUCACGUCACUCUUCGUUCCGAGGGCGAUGACCACUCUUACCCUCUGACCGUUCCGGCAGAUGGCAAGCCCGUCUUGACAUACAGCACCCUCCCCAUCGUGGUGAUUGACGCCCCCGACUUCAACGUUCUCCAGGCCUGUGUGAUUGAGACUCCCGGCCCGAAGAACUUGAGCAGCACCAUUGCCUCUGAUGGCGUGACACAGCAGGUCGUGAUUGAUCCCCCGCAGGCAGUCACCAGCAUUUCUUGCCAGGGAACUUGUGUUGCCACUUAUGAUUCCUGCUUUGCUCCGGACGGCUCAUACGUUGGAGCUUGCUGCAACGGCCUGUGCGUUGCGUCCAAGUGCAAGCCUUGGAACAUUGGCUCGCAAGCAUAA